UAUUCUUGAUUUCUUUCAGCCGACGAUUCCGCCCCAAGAAUUCCAAAAAGAAGAACUCUUCCCAAGCGCGCUGACAGGUAGAAAAAGAUGGUGAAGGUGCGCAUGAACACGGCCGAUGUGGCCGCCGAGGUGAAGUGCUUGCGGAGGUUGAUCGGUAUGCGAUGUUCAAAUGUAUAUGAUCUCUCUCCUAAGACAUACGUAUUCAAGCUUAUGAAUAGCAGUGGGAUUACGGAGUCUGGGGAGAGCGAGAAGGUAUUGUUAUUGAUGGAAAGUGGUGUCAGGUUGCAUACUACUGUAUAUAUGCGUGACAAAAGCAACACUCCUUCUGGUUUUACUCUCAAACUGAGGAAGCAUAUUCGGACUAGAAGGCUUGAGGAUGUACGGCAACUUGGGUAUGAUCGGAUUAUUCUCUUUCAAUUUGGGAUGGGUGAGAACGCAUAUUAUAUUAUAUUGGAGCUAUAUGCCCAGGGGAACAUCCUCCUCACAGAUUCUAAUUUUACUGUCUUGACUCUACUCAGAUCACACAGGUAGGUGGUUUGUUUUUGCUUUCUAAUUUUGAUGUGCAGUCCAUUUGCAAUAUAAGCAAAAUUAAGAUUCGAUGCAGGUAGUAUUAUGGAUAUAUUUGCUGAGCUUGGUUACGCUAGCUUGUGACUCAAGUGAGGGCAUAACUACAUUAUGAAAAAAUGGUUAAUGUCAGUAUUAACUGUUAAAAAUUGAAAAGAAGUAUUAAGGAUAUAUUUCACUGGUUCAGAUGUGGUGAGAUAUUUAUUUUUCCAUACUGUUUAUGUAGAUUUUGA